AUGAAUAAUAAUGAUAAUCAGUUUGAUAUAUACGAUGAACUUAUGUCCAACGAUUGGAAUCACAGUCGAGCUGAGAGUGGAGAUGGUCUCGUUCGAUACGAUCAACCGCCGAGCUACGAAACAUUCAUUCGAGAAUGUUUUUUAAAGAAUCGACCAGCACUUUUCACGGCAAAGUGUGGUCUUAUGAACGACUGGCCAUGUCUUACCGAAUGGCUAACUGAAGACCGAACAAGGCCGAAUUUCGAUCGUCUCGUACAACUGUACGGAUCCAUGAUCGUACCCGUAACAAAAUGUGCAUCGAAUUUAACCGAAUACGGUUCCGAUGAAAAUAAAUCAACAAUGCGUUUCGAUGAAUUCGUACAACUUUGGCGUGAUACGACUACCGCUGCAGAAUACUACUGUAAAGAUUGGCUUUUGCAGAAAAUGUCCGAUGAAACAAAACCAUUAUUUUACUCGAUUCCCGUUUAUUUUCAAUCCGAUUGGUUGAAUGAAAAAUGUUUAGUAAAUAACGAAGAUGAUUUUCGUUUCGUUUACAUGGGUGGUGAUGGCACAAAUACACCUUUACACAUGGACGUUCUUGGAACAUAUUCCUGGUCAGCAAAUAUCUGUGGGCAAAAACGAUGGCGAUUCAGUAAACCUUAUUCCAUCGAAUUUAUUCAGGAACCUGGUGAGAUUCUAUUCGUACCAUCUGAAUGGUAUCACGACGUCACGAAUAUCGGUCAUACAAUAUCAAUUAAUCACAAUUGGUUCAAUGCUUUUAACAUAUUUCGUAUCUGGAAACAUUUGUGCUCUACGCUGGGUGACAUUGAACAACGAAUUGAAGAUUGUCGUGCAAUCAUGAGUGAUACAUGGUACGAACAUUGUCAGUUGAUACUUCAAGCUAACGAAGGUAUGAAUUUUAUUUCGCUUUAUAAACUUUUACACACAAUUGCUCAAAAACGACUGGAAGAAGAUCAGAGAUCAAAACAUGCAAAAUUUGAUCUCUGGAUAAUUGAACGUUUGGUACGAACAAUGUUACAAAGUACCCAAUUUUUAUCUUCAUGCGAUUUUGAUACAUUGCCUCAACGACCAAAAAAAUUACUUCAACAGAUUCAUUCGUGUAUUGAAAAACAAAAUCAGUAA